CACCUCCUACUGUUGACUUAUAUUUUACUCAGUGCAGUCAGCGGCAUGUUCCUUCCAAAAACCGCGGGGGCUGCAGACGCUCUGACUGGGGGAGUUCAAGGACUACGAGCGGGGGAAACUCUGGAUUCGGGGGUUGGCGCAGGAAAAGGACUCAGCAAUGUUGUGGAUUCAACCAAUGCGCUAAGGGGCACCGGAACGGAGACUUUGAAGCCUCAGGAUCUCAUGACCAUGAGGGGUGGAAACGAAGCUAAAUCACUACCGAAAACUGAGGAUGCCUCCAACCUUGAUAAAACACUAACAAAAGCUGAGGAUUCCUCAAAACUUGACCAAGCCAAAGCCGAUGAGGUGGAAGAUCUAGAUGAGCCAAGGAUUUUGGGGAGGCAAGGAAAGAUAGAGGAAAUUGAAAAGAAAAUCAAAUGGUAUGCUGAACACAUGGGUACUUCUGCACCUCCGGAACUGGUGAAGCAAUUAGAGGGACUGAAGAACGGAGAACCAAUCAAAGCCAUCAAAGCCACGCCGGCAUGGAAACCAGGUUUGCAAACAAUCCAUUCCCAAAAAUUACUUGAAGAAAUCUCAGAGACAGCCCAUUCACUACCGGCUGCUCAAAAGCUCAGCAUGUGGAAGAAAUUGCUUACCCACUUACUUGAGUAUUUUCGCAAUUCAGAGGGAAUCUUGCCUGCUCUUGUGAUGAAAUUACAUCUGAAAACUCCACCAGUGGUUUAG